AUGCACUUUGGUGGACAUGACACAGAUCUGACAAUGGCCAAACCUCCAGAGCGGCCAACAGUCAAGUUUUACAGCCUUGAUGCAUACCUGCUUACACCUAAGCAAAAGGUAGUGAAGCGACACCAUGAAACAAUGAACAGCUUACUGUUAACAGAAUGCCAAGAUGAAGAUGAAGAGAUUGAGGAUAGCAAGUCUCAGGCUAGCACUUGGUUAGAUGAUGUGCGGGAAAGUAUCAAAGCGCCAGAGGAUGCUGACUUUGACCUAGAGUCCAAAAUAGACCUCAGUGCCAAAGGGCUACAUGUGGUAUUGGCAGAGGAAGCUGAAGCCAUUUGUGGUGAUAAAGGUGACACCAAGGCUGAGAAAUCUGGCCAGGAGUGUGAUAGUUCCAGUAGUGGUGAUAGCAAAUGGCCAGAAACAUGGUAG